AUGGCCACCGCUGUUGGGAGUCGCCUACUUCCUCACCUUGUGGACAACAACGCCGAAGCCGACCCUGAUGGCACCUUCGGCCAGAUCCUAAGAGAUAAUAACAUCCCAGAUCAAUGGAUAUCCCUAUCCAAACGGCAAUUAGCCCAAUCAGUGGACCAUGCUGCGUGGUGGUUCAAGAACACAGUCGCCAAGAAAUGCGACACAACGACGAUUGCGUAUAUGGGGCCAAGUGAUAUCCGCUACAUGAUAUGUGCUCUUGCUCUUGCAAAAGCGGGCUAUAAGACAUUUCUCCCAUCCACACGGAACUCGGCGGAAGCAAAUGCGCAUCUCUUUCGUGCCGUUGGGUGUAAAUGUCUUCUAUGGGGUGGUCAAUCUCAGUCAGCACAAGCGCAAGCCGUCAUACCGGAAUUACAAGUCUGGCAAUUUCCGUCCCUUGAUGAGCUCUUGAAUAGUAGCGUUGCACAUUACCCGUACCACAAAACAUACCGAGAAGCUGAAAAUGAAACUUUUGUGAUCUUGCACUCCUCUGGGACAACUGGACAGCCGAAGCCCAUCCCAUUGACUCAUGGAUAUUUUUCCUUUAUGGACAGGGGCGCACCACCUGGUACACCCGAGGACUCGACGUGUGGAUGGUGGAAUUGCCUACAACGCGGAGAGCCGAUGUUCCAAAUGAGCCCGCUCUUUCAUCUAAUCGGAUUUACUCUGGUCCUAGAUGCAAUCUUCCACGGCCAACAGAUAAUUCAUUACUCCUCCAAGCCUGACGUCGAUUCUGUGCUCGAUGCACUAUCGACACUCCGUCCACGAGCCGCUGUUCUUCCACCGUCCAUCCUACAAGAUAUAAGCACUUCAGCACAGGGGCUUCAGACGGUUUCAAAGAUUGAAUAUAUGUUUUUUGCUGGGGGGCCACUCUCCACCGAGGCUGGUGAUACAAUCAGUAAAUAUUGCAAGCUUAUCCCUCUCAUCGGGUCAACGGAGUUGGGACAUAUCCCACCUACCAAAUCGAAGACAUCACCCCGAGAUUGGAAGUAUUUCGAAUGGCCCUUCUACCCUGAUAUACAUAUGGAGCCACAUGAUGAAGGAUUAUUCGAGAUGGUUGUUCGCCGGUCACCGGAUAGCCGCCUACUUCAUGGUAUCUUUCAUGUGUUCCCUGAUCUUCUAGAAUGGAGGACAAAGGAUCUUUUCUCGAGGCAUCCCACGAAAGAUGGGCUGUGGCAUUUCGAAAGACGAACAGACGAUGUGAUUGUCCUUGGCAAUGGAGAGAAGGUGAACCCGAUUGAGAUGGAAGGGGUAGUCGAACGUCAUGACCUCGUGCACAAGGCUAUUAUUGCUGGUCACGGGAUGGCUGAAUGCGUGCUUCUAGUGGAGCCGGACUGGGACAAGCUAGAUGGCCAGGACCAGGGUGGUGAUUUCAUCAACAAGAUCUGGGAUAGUGUUGAAGCAGCGAAUAAGUUGGGGCCGAGUUAUGCUUAUAUCGAGAAGGAUAGAGUUGGAAUUGCGAACCGUGAGAAACCGUUCCAGCUCAAUGCCAAAGGGACAUUGAGACGUUCAUUGGUCUGCAAAGAAUAUGAAUCUGAUAUAUUGGCGCUGGGGAGUGACGACAAUUCAAGCCCAGGGCGAAGUUCAAGUGAUGCCCUUCUGGGAGACGACAUGGAGGGCUUUGUACGACGUGUCAUCUCUUGUGUUUCCGAGCAUCUCGAACUCGCAGACGACACAGACUUCUUUACUGCUGGAUUAGACUCUCUGCAGGUCAUUCGCAUGGCUCGGAAGAUAACACGGGGCAUCGGCAUGGGAUCAGAAGGGAUACGGAUUGAUCCUCAGAUAAUUUACAGAUAUUCCACUAUCAAGGGUCUGGCCUCGUAUCUCUCGGACGUCAUGAAAGGGGACAUCAGUAGUGACGGAUUAGUGGAUGAAGUUGGGGACGUGCAAGCGGCGUUGAAACAUCUCAUCGACAAAUACACCAAUUCACUUCCAAGCGUGGAGGACAAAACAGUACAGGUGUCCCCACGGUCCAAUGUCAUACUCACAGGAUCUACCGGCUCAUUCGGGAGCUAUCUUUUGGACGCACUGUUAUCGGACCCUUCGAUUAAGAAGGUUCACUGCCUGAACAGAUCUUCCGAUGCCUUCGAAAGACAGAGAUCUUCAUUCCACGACAGGCACCUAAACGUGAAAGCUUUACUAUCUCCCAAAGCAGAGUUCCUCACGGCAGACCUAGGGGAAAAAAGUCUAGGGUUAUCGAUGAGCAAAUACAACGAGCUCCUGAAUACAACUGACGCCAUCAUGCACAAUGCCUGGAAGGUGGACUUCAAUUUAUCUGUUUACUCCUUUGAGCAGGACCACAUACGUGGCAUGCGGAACCUACUGGACCUAAGCAUAUACAGCCGAAAAAGAGUGCAUAUGUAUCUCGUAUCCUCAAUUGCUACUGCAUCCAGCUGGGACCCAUCAAGGAGGAAGAUCCCGGAGGAUAUUGUACCGGAUACAGUUCAGCCUCCAUUACAGGGCUAUGGUCAAUCGAAGUACGUAGCUGAAAAUGUCUGUUUGGCUGCGUCCUCCCGUUCAGGUGUUCCGGUAACUAUUCUGCGAGUCGGACAGAUUGCAGGACCCACGACAAAGUCUGGGGGCUGCUGGAAUCGAGAUGAGUGGUUUCCUGCUCUAGUUUUUACUUCAAGAUCAAUGGGCUUUCUACCUGAGACUUUGGGUAUGCCGGUGGACUGGAUACCUGUUGAUACACUAGCCCAAAUCGUCCUAGAAAUCAUCCAAGGUGGCAACGAGAAUGAGCACAGUAGUCCUGCAAGGGUCAUAAAUCUAGUCAACCCAAAUAGAUCAACCUGGGCUACACUUUUACCAACGGUUCAGAGCAGCAUCGGUGCAAACCCUGUGAGUCUACAAAGUUGGGUUGAGUCACUUGGCAAGGAUAAUGUCAACCUUGAGGAUAAACCAGCGUACAAGCUUCUAAGCUUCUACGAGCGACUAGCGCGCGAAGAUGGUCAUGGCAACUCUUCCCACUUUGUAACGGACAAUGCGAGUGAAAUGAGCUCUACAUUCCGAGCCCUCGGUCCCAUUGAUUCUAGUUUGGUGCAGACAUGGCUUGACCAGUGGGCACUAUGA